CUAAUUGAUUAGGAUCCAAAAACUCAAUUCGCAGAAUCAAUCAAAACCUACAAAAACAAAAGGGGAAAAAGAAGCUUCAUCUCUGUCGCGGAAAACAUGGACAUGGGAAACGAUUUCGAUCGCCUUCUCUUCUUCGAGCACGCCCGUAAAACCGCCGAAGCUACUUAUACUAAAAACCCUCUCGAUGCCGAUAAUCUGACCAGAUGGGGAGGCGUGCUGCUGGAGUUAUCGCAGUUUCAGAACGGCCCGGAGUCGCAGAACAUGGUCCAAGAUGCUAUCGAGAAGCUAGAAGAGGCUCUGAUUGUUGACCCUAGAAAGCACGAUGCACUCUGGUGCCUUGGAAAUGCAUAUACAUCGAACGGGUUUAUUACUCCCGAUCCUGAUGAAGCUAGGGUUUUCUUUGAUAAAUCUACCCAUUACUUUGAGCAAGCAUAUGAAUUGGAACCACAAAACGAACUCUACAAGAAAUCAUUAGAAGUGGCUGCCAGGGCUCCGGAGUUACACGCGGAGGUACACAAGCAUGGUGGUUUGGCUGAGCAGGCUAUGGCGCCAGGCCCUUCGGCAUCCACUAGUACAAAGCAACAGAGUGGAAAGAAGAGCGGAAAUAGUGAUCUCAAAUACGAUAUUUGUGGAUGGGUGAUUCUUGCAGUUGGCCUUUUCGUAUGGGUUGGGUUUGCAAAGUCUAAUAUGCCUCCACCUCCCUCCAUCUAAUUUUAGGUGUUUGCUUCAUAUAUGACUUGGCUCGACUCCUACCGCAACGAACUUUCUUUUGGUAGAUGUCGUAAUCUAGAGAAUACCAGUUUUCUAGCUUUCUUUUCGGUUAUUUUUUUACGGAAUCCUUCAUUAUUGAAACCAUUAAUAAACGACCUCGUACUUUACUUUUUUCAAAUCUUGUAGCUUCCUCUCUUUAUUUGGCCUUGGAGAUCUUGAAGAUUUUGUUGUUGUAUCGGCAGAUCUCAAAUUUGACGAAGAUUUUGUCGCAUCUUUAACUUGUCUGGAUUAUCC